AACGAAAAUCGAGCUUGCGCAGUAGUGUUUGUACUUCGAUUCGGUGAUGAUGAUGUCUUGUUUAGUUUAUUCGUGGUGAAGUUUAUUCGUUGAAAAGAAGAAAAAAAUAUGUGCUAGUGGAACGUCUAUUUCUCAUAUGGCUAGUGAUUAUUAUGCUUGUGCGGUGAACUGCUUCCUCAAGAAGUAAAAUUGUUCAAACACUUCAAUUUCUACAGUAAUUUCAUGUGCACCAAGCGAAGAAAAACCCCCCAAAAUGCGUGAAAGAUUAGUGGUCUUGCUGGAGGGGCAUCGAUUCGUUUGGCAAUAAUAUUACUGUCUACCUUUACUUACUUACAUAUUCGCCAUCAAUCAAAAGCAAGUGAGGCAAGAAAACAGGGGAAAAGCGACGACGACAUUAGUAAAAGAAGAUUAUCACCCCCUCAAGUCUCAAAGUUGAAAUCCGCUCCGGAAUCGGGAUCCGGAAAAGUGGAGGCAGCUCUAAUCACUACUUAGUAGAUAGUCCACCAGUGAGUGACUUGGAACUUUGGCUUGGUGGUUUCUUGUUUUUUUUUGGGAAGAAAAGAUGGGCUUCGUCAAAGAUCCGUGCGGAAUUGUUUGCGUGCUGGUGACCUACUUGGCGGUGCUCUAUGCCGACUAUGUGGUCACCCGGUGGAUCAUCCUGCAGACAAUGCAAAACAGCCUGUGGGCCCCGUUCCACGUGGUGGCAUUCAACACCAUCGUGUUCCUGCUCUCGAUGGCCCACCUGAAAGCGGUCCUGCUGGACCCGGGAACCGUGCCGCUGCCACAGACCCGCAUAGACUUCUCCGACCUGCACUCGGAGCGGAACUACAACCGCGAGCACGAAGAGUGGACCGUUUGCACCCGCUGUGAAACGUACCGUCCGCCGAGGGCCCAUCACUGUCGCAUCUGCAAGCGCUGCAUCCGCCGGAUGGAUCACCACUGUCCGUGGAUCAACAACUGCGUCGGCGAGCGGAACCAGAAGUACUUCCUGCAGUUUCUGAUGUACGUGUGCGCGCUGGCCCUGUACUCGAUCUUCCUCAUCAUUGCCUCGUGGGUGUAUCCCUGCGAGAACUGCUCCACAACGGUACCGGAAACGCAGAGUCGUAUGCUGCACAGUGUCCUGCUGCUGCUGGAAUCGGCCCUCUUCGGGCUGUUCGUGAUAGCCAUCAUGGUCGAUCAAAUGCAUGCCAUCCUGUACGACGAGACGGCCGUGGAAGCGGUCCAACAGAAGGGCCCCUACAGGAGCCACAGGCCCAAGAUGGCACUGUUGGCCGAGGUGUGCGGCCGUGGCCAUCCGGCCAUGUGGCUGUUCCCCUGUGCUACGCUCAAUCGGAAACACCACGACGUGCCGCUGCUAAGUCACGACGUCUAAAGUCGAGGACGUUGUGGUGUUUCUUCUAUAGAAAAGGUAUUAUGUUCCAGUUUUGGAUUUCUCUUUCCCCCACACUGCCAGGCACGGACGUGUGCGACGGCGGUGUUUUUUUUUUUUUGUUUGACCCUUAAUUUGCUCAUCGGACGGAGAAAGGACGCCAGGACGCUGCUAACCGGGAGAUACAUUCAGUUAUGUAGAUAUACGUUUACGCUUAGGUAUUUAUUAAAAAGUGUGGGAGUAGUGGGAAAAAGGUAAAGCGAUAUAGGUUGUCGUAUGGCUUCCCAUGAUUAACGGACCGAGACAACUAUAGAAUAGACAAAAUGCAAAUUAUUCGGUUCAUGUUUGGAAUGGAUUGAUUCCAUGCUGUUUGUCAAGUAUUAGAACUAUACUUCGAUUGAAAAUAUAACAUUGAUUGUACAAAAGACCAAUAGACUAAAAACACAGCCAAACAUACGUAACACUGAUGAAAUUUCCAUUGAACAUUUAAACAUUUAAAGGGCUCAUAAAUUUCA